CCAGGAAGAGCGUGUGAGUGCGCAUUGAUCACUCCUUACUAAGCAGCAGGGCACAAGGAACAGCAGUUCUUAACAUGUUGUAUUUCUAAUGCUGGGGUACAGUGUAAGUCACCCGAGUUCUCCUCCGAUACGCGGACACUGCACGACUGGACCAGACUGAGAUUGCUUUCGGAGAAGUGGGACUGUUGUCCGUUUGAAACCCAUUGGGCGGCCAACGGUGGAAAGCGCAGUCGAGAAAAAGGCAAGAGAGAGACAGUACUGUUUAGAAGCCAUGAGAGAAUACAAAGUUGUCGUGCUUGGAUCCGGCGGAGUGGGCAAGUCAGCACUGACGGUGCAGUUCGUAACGGGGUCUUUUAUAGAAAAAUACGAUCCCACCAUAGAAGAUUUUUAUAGAAAAGAGAUCGAAGUGGACUCGUCGCCGUCUGUGCUGGAGAUUCUCGACACGGCGGGGACUGAACAGUUCGCCUCCAUGAGAGAUUUGUAUAUCAAAAACGGGCAGGGCUUUAUUUUGGUAUACAGUCUGGUCAACCAGCAGAGCUUCCAAGACAUCAAACCCAUGCGGGACCAGAUCAUCCGGGUGAAACGGUACGAGCGAGUGCCUAUGAUCCUGGUGGGCAACAAGGUGGAUUUAGAAGGCGAACGGGAGGUUUCUUCUGGAGAAGGAAAAGCCCUCGCGGAUGAAUGGAAUUGCCCCUUUAUGGAAACUUCAGCCAAGAAUAAAGCCUCGGUAGACGAACUGUUUGCAGAGAUUGUCCGACAGAUGAACUAUGCUUCACAGCCGAACGGGGACGCUCAGUGCUGCGCUUCCUGCGUUCUCCUUUAAAAACGAGUUGAAAAGUUUGCAAAAGGUAUUGGCAAGUUUGAGAUCAAAGGGAAGACCCCCUCCUGAGUGAGUCGGCAUUGAACAGCACUUUCCACUGUAGUUCAUUCUCCGCUGAACUGAUUCCACCUGACAGACAAUGAGGGAGAAUCUGGUGUCCUUCCACUGACGCUACAGAACACCCUGAUAAUUCUCUCAGCGCAGUUCGUUCGCCAUCACCCUGGUGUGCAUACAAACUGGAAUUAACUGUGGCAAGAACAAGGCUUCUCAAAAUGUAACACGCCAAACUGGUUAGAAAUAAGACUCCUAUUUUAUAUCAGUUUUUCCCAUUCC